AUGGCGGCGCCCUGGCGCUGGGUGAUCCCCGUGACAUCACAAUGGUGGCAGGCCCGAGCGCCGCCGGGCUGGGCACGGAGGGGAGGCGGCGGGGCUGACUCAUGGGUUCGCGGCGGCGGCGGCUCCUCCCUGCCCAGCCCCUCUCCAGCCCCUGCCCAUGGGCCGCUGCCCCAGCGCUCCGCGGCUAGCGGGGGUGGAGUCGCCGGUGCCCCCUCCCCGCCUCCCGCACUGGCCCGGGCGAGGCUGCGGCUCUGCCCGCACUGCACGUGGGCCAUGGAGGAGAAGGUCUCGGCCGCCGCCGGGCUGCACGGCCGCCGUGGCUACCCGGCCGUGCGCUGCCUGGGCAUCGCCGUGGAUGAAAACAACGUCCGGCCGGGCGCGCUGCAGCUGAUCCGGGAGCUGAGACCGCAGUGGGAGACGGAGCGAGUGAAAACCAAGCUCUUCACCGACGGCAUCACCAACAAGCUCAUGGCCUGCUAUAUGGACGAGGGGAUGGCGGACGCGGUCCUGGUGCGGGUCUACGGCAGGAAGACGGAGCUCUUUGUGGACCGGGAAAAUGAGCUGAAGAAUUUCCAGGUGCUGCGAGCCCACGGCUGCGCCCCCAACCUCUACUGCACCUUCCAAAACGGCUUGUGUUACGAGUUCAUGCAGGGGACAGCGCUGGGACCUGAGCAUGUGCAGCAGCCACAGAUCUUCAGGUUGAUAGCCUGGGAAAUGGCCAAAAUGCACGCAAUUCACGCCAACGGGAGCCUCCCCAAGCCCAGCCUGUGGCACAAGCUACACAAGUACCUUACCAUCGUGAAAACAGAGGUCAUCACCAAGGCAUCCAUCCCCAGGUUCCGUCAGGAAGUGCCCAGUCUGGAGGUGCUAGAACAAGAGGUUGCCUGGCUGAAGGAAUAUCUCUCCCAGCUGGGCUCACCCAUCGUACUGUGCCAUAACGACCUGCUGUGCAAAAACAUUAUCUACAACGAGACCGAAGAGCACGUGCGGUUCAUAGACUACGAAUACGCCGGUUACAAUUACCAGGCUUUCGACAUUGGGAACCACUUUAAUGAAUUUGCAGGGGUGAACGAGGUGGAUUACAGCCUAUAUCCCAGCAGAGACACUCAGCUGCAGUGGCUGAGGCACUACCUGCAAGCCUACAAGCAACUGAGCCGGGAGAACCAGGGAAACGGAGGGGGAGUCGUCUCUGACAAGGAGCUGGAGACCCUCUACGUGCAAGCGAACCAGUUUGCUUUAGCCUCUCAUUUCCUUUGGGCAUGCUGGGCCCUGAUCCAGGAUAAAUAUUCCACCAUAGACUUUAACUUCUUCAGGUAUGCAAGGCUAAGAUUUAAACAGUACUUCAAGGCAAAGUCUGUGGUGACAGCUCUGGAGAUGCCAAAAUGA